UCCCACCCUCCCCCAAAUCGACCAGCCUUCCGCCACAAAAUUGCUCCUUUUUCCUCGUUGAAUAUAAUGUCGUCGGGAAGCCCGAAGUCUCCGACCGAAUCCGUGGACUUCUGCGUCGCCUCAGAGAUCUCCUCCCCCUCUGCGCCCAUGGCCGAGACUGUUGUGCUCAAGGUUGGUAUGUCAUGUGAAGGUUGCGUUGGGGCUGUUAAAAGAGUUCUCACCAAAAUGGAAGGUGUUGAAUCCUUCGAUGUGGAUCUGAAGGAGCAGAAAGUGACCGUCAAAGGCAACGUAAAACCUGAAGCUGUUCUUCAAACUGUUUCAAAAACAGGCAAAAAGACUUCCUUUUGGGAGGCGGAACCUGAAACCAAGGAAUCUACUGCCUCUGCCGCUACCAACACUGCAUGACGCUAAAUGUUUGCCUCUUUAAAGAACUCUUGUUUUCUUAUAUGGUGUGACCUUUUAUAACGUUGACUCUUGUGCGACUAUGAUCAAUUGCAUGCUGUGUUACCUAGGCUGGUUCUUAAUGCAUCCGAGUGUUAUCGGAUCAAUUGUGACA